AUGGUUAAAGCUAAAUCGUUUGAAGUCCAGACGCAGCAUAGGAUCUUGGAUACUAUUCGAAAUUCAGAAGAACUUCGCGAGGGAGCUAUUGAACAGCUGGAAAAAGCCUGGGACCGUUUACGGAAAGCUGAACUGGAAGCAGAUCAGUUUCGAGCGAAUGAAUAUUCUGAGAUAGAACGAGAAAAAUUAAAUUUGAUUAAUUCAACUUCAAAGAUUUUAGAACAAUUCGAAAAUUACAAAAAUGAAACCAUUCAUUUUGAACAAGAAAGAGCGAUUAAUCAAGUUCGACAACGGGUUUUCCAACAAGCCCUACAAGAAGCUCUAGGAACUCUGAAUAGUUCUUUGACCAACGAGUUACAUUUACGUACUAUCAGUGCAAAUAUUGGCAUCUUUGGGACGAUGAAAGAACUAACUAAUUAG